AUGGAUCAACCCCCAAAGAAGUCGCUGUUUUCCAAGUUCUCGAAACUCAAUCCACGUGGAAAGAAGGAAACGCAGGACGAGAAAGACGCCCGACUACAAAAGGAAGAAGAGGCGGCCGUACAGGAACGCCAGAAGAUGAAAGAGACCGUGAUGAAGUACCGGGGACUAAACGAGGCACAGGCCGAAGAGUACAUGGAACAACAGAAAAAGAAGAAGGGAGGUCUGACUACAGAGCAAGGCUUAAAGGCUAUCGUCGUACCGAGCUUGAUAGAACUGGAAGAUGUGAACAGUCUUAUCUGUGCUUUACCGCAGGGUAUUUGGAUUGGCCUGUUCGAUAUAGUCAAAUUGUCAUGA